AUGUCAUUUAAAUCUUCGUUGACUAGUCCAAUUAUUGUAUUGAAUACUAUAAAAGAUGGGUGGAGUGAAGAACUAGAAACUGAACUGAGGGAAGUUGUUGAAGUUUUGAAGAGAAGAGACAUAGGGAAUUAUGAGAGACUUGGAAAUAUAUUAUUGAAGGUUAACAAGAGUUUGGCAAUAGCAGGUCCAUUACUGACUGGAAUUGCAGCUAUAGGUUCUGCAUUUGUAGGAAAUGGUGAUGCGUUGUUUUCAGCCAUGGUUCCUUUGAUGGCAGGGUCAAUGGCUUGUGCAAUAAAUUGUUUUGAACAUGGUGGACAAGUUGGUAUGGUGUUUGAAAUGUACAGAAGCUGUGGUGGAUUUUUCAGGAUGUUGGAAGAGAGUGUUGAAAUCACACUUGAAGAGAAUGAUUUGGAGAAAAGAGAAAAUGGUGAGGUAUUUGAAAUGAAGAUAGCAAUGAUGUUGGGAAGAAGUGUUUCGGAGCUAAGACAAGUUGCUUCAAAAUCUGCUUCUGGUUGUAUGGAAGGGAUUGCUACAGACGAAUUUGCUAGCAAGCUUUUCUAG